AAUCUGCUUUCCAAUUUAGUUGUUUCCACAGGAGUAAAACGGAUGAAAUCACUAGACAAAUGCUGCAGUUCUUUUGUCAUUGUGAUGACAUCACUGCCCUGGGACCCACAGUGUGAUGUCAUCACCAGAAGCAUGGCAUUAUUAGGAUAAGGCUGUCAACUGAUUAAAGGAAUGUUUAAUUGUCAAACAGGUAACUCUGCAUGGAAGAAAACCCAUUCUAAAGGAAACAGAUAGUUUCUUUGUUGGAUUCAUUGCUAAUGGGUCAAAGAAGCUUUCUCUUUUUACCAAGUAUUAACACAUUUAUUCUCCUGUCAUGGUGACCCUAAGCUACUAGGGAGUGUCCUUUCUUUUCUUACACAGGAAGGAAUCCCUCUUCUGAGAGGGGCCUUGGCAUCUGCCAUUUUUAUAAGUUCCUGGAUCAUGCUAUAUUUUAAAAAAUCAAAUUCUGCUGACAUUAAUAUCAGGAGCACCGUUUGAAUUGAUCAAACAUAUCUGGAAUGGAUCAACCUCUCACUGAUUCAUAUAGCAGUCCCAAUUUAGGGGCUCAUAUUGUUUUGUUCUGUCAGGGAUCUUGGGCCUUUGAGGCUUUCUUGGGGAGGUGCUGGCAAUGAUAGCUUCUGGUGAAAGCCCAGGGGCAAAUAAACAGCAAAGCUGCUCAACAUAUGCAAGCCUGAGAGCAGAGCCACGUUUUGACUUGUUUUCUAAAAACUCUGAUGGGGACGGUGAUGGAGAACAUUCCAAAGCCUGUGGGCAAUGACCGAGAAGACCCUGUCUUCAUGACCCUGCGUGACAGCCAAGCUUCCCUCCCCUUCGGCACACAGAGCAAAGCCCCCUCCAAUGAUCUUUCCUCAUCCCCAGAAGUGCUUCCUUAAAAAAACAAACUUGCACAGUGGGGUAGGAUUGCCCUCCUCUCAACGAGGAGGAGCCGGAGUCCAGCCCUUUCCUGUGGUGCUGGUCUCCUUCUGGAAACGGCCCCCUCAAGCUGCCGUGUGCCCCCAGAGUGACUCUUUGCUGCCAAUUGCCACGAAACGCAAGAACGGCAAACCCUUUUAAGGCAUUAUUUUAGCUGUGCAUUCAGGUGUCUGUGCACUCGUUCGUGUUUUUGUGGGAAUGAUUCUACCUGUGUUCAUUCUAAAAGUGAACCUGCGCACAGUCCCCCUCAAAUGCAGGGAGCAGAUCAGAAGCUGAACAUGCAUUCAGCGUAAUGUGUGUGAAUAACCAAACAUGUAUGCAGAUCUGAAUAUAGGUUCACUCUACACGCAUUGCACGCACAUUGAACAUAACAUGUGCAGUCUGAGACAGUUCUACAGGCUGACACCCUUGGGGGCCGUUCCGCCCCCUCGAGCCUGUGUGCAGAGGGCAGCUCUGAACAUGGGUUCAGCAUCAUGUGAAGGGUUCCACAGUGAGUGGAGAAGUCCUCUUUGCAUUUGGCACUGCCCCCAAGACUUCCCCGACCCCAAGCCUGGGUGGAUUUGGAAGGGGUGGGAUUCCUCACUCUUCCCCUCUCUUGCCCUUUCCUCACCAUUCCUGGCAGAAGCCAGGAACAGGUUCUGCAGAGGAGCACUGAAUAUACGGCAGUCUAGGGAUGUGGCCACUGGCCCACAAGUGUGUUGGUGUGGGGGCAUGGCCAGCAGUUGCAAGCUCAUGGCACCUGCCACGUGUUCACUGUGCACAACAGGCAUAAUGCCUUCGUUGGGCUUACGUAAAGCUUGGACAUCUGAAUACCUCACAUUGGCCGAGUCUCAAUGGCCAUCACUGACGACAAGACAAUCAUCAGGGCUUUGCUAUGUUUCUUAGCAACUAUCGUGGAAUGAGACGGAUUUCCUGAACUUUCACAAGAACCGACCAUACCUGCUAAGCAGAUUUAGCCAAACUGGUUGGAAACUAAGGUUUCUAGAUCCCUGGUCAUUACAAAAACCUAGGAAAAAGAGAUUCAGCGUCUCUGGUCCCAGUUCCAACCUGCAGACUUGCGUUGCUGAUAACAGGCUAAACGUUUCGUCUCUGGUAACCUAGCUGCCUCUGUGCAUUCAGGACAUUUUGCCAACUUUCUCUUCUCCCUGAUGAAGGGUCCUGUGAAAGUCCAAAAUUUGCAGACACCAAGUGGUGUUUUAGCUUUUAGUGUUUCCAUGCAGUACAAUGAGACCAGGAUUGCUAAGUUCCACCCUAGGGCCCUUUAAAGUGAUGGUUCUCCAUGGCACUUCACUGGGCUGCAGCACUAGAUUAUUCAACAAUGUCCUUCUCCAUGGCCAAGAGGUCUGCAGUUUCUUGCUUGCAGGUUCAGUCAGUUUUGUUGCUGCUUGAUGAGCAUGGUUGUAAAUGAAUGCUCCAUGAUUAUUAGUCAUUGUUUGCUGCUUGAAUAACCUCUUCAAGUUACCGCAAUGGUCCUGGGAGAAGUGGCUGAAAAUACUGCUUUUCUCUCAUUCUUUUUUCUUCUUUUAUUUUCCCCCACUGGUGAAGUACAGUCAUUGGUUGUUUAAAAGCAUAAAUGCUUCUCUGAGGGAGGACAGGAUGCCUCCUUGUCUUAAGGAGGCAAUUAUUAGACUACUUCUGAAGAAGCCUGCCCUGGAUUCCUCAGAGCUGAGCAACUAUAAGCCUGUCUCCAACCUUCCGUGGCUGGGCAAGGGAGCGUUUGCUGCCGAAGAGCGUCUAUUCCUCUUUCUCUCCCUCCCAGAGAGGAAGAGAGAGAGAGAAGAUACAGGCCUGCCCUGAAAGGAGACCGAAGAGCUCGCUCCGGCGAUUUCCACCUCGAGGCCACACCCCCUUUGCAUGUGAUGUCAUCAUGUGACAUAUCACAUGUAAAGGGUGUGUGACCUGGAGCUCUCAAGAGUCCUGAUACCUUCUGUGUAUAGAAAGCUAUUUCUAUGGCUUGGUUUGAAGAUCCUUUGGUGACUUUCAGGUGGGAUGGGAUUUGGACUCCAUGAGGGUGUUUCCUAGAGUCAUAGCCCAGUGGCAGUGGACAGGAGAAGAGCACACCAGUGGAGGAGGAGGAGGAGAGUCUGGUGUCUGGAGGCUACUCAUCAUGAGCAACAUGGGAAGCAGAGGUGACUUUGAGUGGGUCUACACGGACCAGCCGCACACAGACAGACGGAAGGAGAUCCUGGCUAAAUACCCCGAGAUAAAGAAGCUGAUGGGCCCAGACCCCAACAUGAAGUGGGUGGUGACCCUCAUGGUCCUCACUCAGAUGGUGGCCUGCUUCCUGGUGAAGGACUUGCCCUGGAAAUGGGUCUUCUUCUGGGCCUACGCCUUUGGGGGCUGCAUCAACCACUCCAUGACUUUGGCCAUCCACGAUAUCUCCCACAACGUGCCCUUUGGCAACAAGAGGGCCAGGUGGAACCGCUUCUUUGGCAUCUUUGCCAACCUGCCCAUCGGCAUCCCAUAUGCCACCUCCUUCAAGAAGUACCAUGUCGAUCAUCACCGCUACUUGGCUGUGGACGGGCUGGAUGUGGAUGUCCCCACUGAACUGGAGGGCCGCUUCUUCAACACCCCUCUGCGGAAGUUCCUCUGGCUUAUUCUGCAGCCAGUAAUGUACUCGUUGCGGCCUCUGUGGGUCAACCCCAAGCCCUUAUCAUCCAUGGAGCUGAUCAACGUUGCUGUCCAACUGGCCUACAAUCUCCUCAUCUACAGCCUUUGGGGGGCUAAGCCCCUCUUCUACCUCAUGGGCGGCACCAUCUUGGCCACAGGCCUUCACCCCAUCUCGGGGCACUUUAUUGCUGAGCACUAUAUGUACGCCAAAGGUUUUGACACCGUCUCCUAUUACGGACCUUUAAACUGGGUCACCUUCAAUGUGGGCUACCAUAUGGAACACCACGAUUUCCCUAGCAUUCCAGGGAGCAAGCUGCCGCUGGUCAAGAAGAUCGCUUCUGAAUAUUACGACAGUCUUCCCUACCACAACUCCUGGAUUAUUGUCCUUUGGGAUUUCGUUUUCAAGGAGGAACUGGGCCCUUUUGCUCGCCUGAAGAGAAGAUACAAAGUGCCCUACAGCUUAUGAAACAGGCAGACAUGGCGGCAGGGCCCUCCAGUUUGUCUUUCCACACCCAGAGAGCGGCCAGGGGGACAAUGGGGGAGAGUAACCCACAUUGUCCUCACAACGAAAUCUCAUUCUUAUUUGUUAUGAAGGACAUGUCGGCUGGACUCCCAGAAGACACAAUGCAAUGCUUGCUGCCGAGUCAAUCUGGGAAGGGCUAGAAGCUCACUAUUGUUUCUCAUGGACCACUUGCUUGGUCAUCGGAGUCAAGUGACAAGUCGCAUCUGUUCUCAAUCUUGGGUUCCCAGAUGUUGUUGGAUUACAACUCCCAUAUUCUCCAGCCAUAAGGACCCAAGGUUGAGCGAUGCUGUGUGUGUGUGUGUGUGUGUGUGUGUGAGAGAGAGAGAGAGAGAGAGAGAGAGAGAGGGCGGGCAAGUGAGUGAGUGAGCGUCCAGUUCUCCAGGCAAGCAGGAAGGCCUAAUCCAUGCUAGUCUGAAUCUGUCUCAUCCAUUCAUGUUUCCCAAGCUGGUCCUGAUGAAUGGGGAGUCUGGAAGGGAGAACACAGGAAGCUGCAUUUGACUGAGUCAGACCAUCUAGCUUAGUACUGUAUUGCUAUACUAACUGUCAGUGACUCUCUAAGGUUUAUAAGAAACAUAAGAACAGCCCCAAGGGCAUAGCAAGGUUGGAGUGGGCCCAGAGACAAGAUUUUAAAAUGCCUCCCCCCUCACUGAAGCUCACCUCAUGAAGUAAAGAAAUCUUAAAUGAGGCUGAAUAGUAACAAAAAGCAUAGUAAAAUAUAUGUGUGUGUGUGUAUGUGUGGUGUGUGUGUGUAUAUGUGUGGUGUGUGUGUGUGUGUGUGUGUGUGUGUGUAUAAAACCUAUGUGCCCAGGGGCGUAUCUAGGGUGGGGCAGGCAGGGCACGUGCCCUGGGCGCCACUUGAAGGGGGGCACCAUUCUUAAAAAUUAAAAAUUUGAAAAAAUGGCUCCCAAAAACAA